UAACAGUUGUAUAGAAAGCAGUGUUGCAGUGUACGUGUACUUUAUUGUGAAGGAUGAAACUGAAACAGUAAAAGAGGGAAAUGUUCUCCGAGUGUAUGUGAAUAAAUAAAAUAUAGUGGUUACUUAUUUUUUUACAAAUUGUCUAAAAGUUUAGUUUUUACAUAUUGGAGGAAUCUUACUAUUUGUAAACCUUUAAAUUAAAUCGAAAAUUAAUCGAAACACGGAAGUUGCGCUCGUGAGAUAGUCACGUGACUGGUUUCCUGCCAAAGCAGUAAAUAUCAGGCGAGCUAGCAGGCACAGAAGGCUACUCCCUGUCACUGUUGACCAUGCUUUUUCAAACGCUAUUCAACUUAACAGUCCACAUCAGUUGGGUUACGUUUCCAUAAGGGAUGAACCGUCACCACGCGUCAUAAGGAAAGACUCGUACAGUUAAUCAAAUCUGUGGUGACCUAGCUUAGCUUCACAGGCGUCUAACGAAAGGCUCCGUUGCUGGUGACUAUGCAAGCGGAGACCGCGGCGGUUCGAGUCCCAGAAAACGAAGGGAAACUGGAUGUGUUGCCCCAGACAAGGACCCCCAGCUCGGGACGAGCAAGUGCCAAAAGCUGGCAGUACAGUGAUCACAUGGAGAAUAUUGAUGGCUACUUGAUGAAAUACACCAACCUUGUGACAGGGUGGCAAUACAGGUUCUUUGUGUUGAACAAUGAUGCGGGCUUGCUGGAGUACUUCGUCAACGAGCAGUCUCGGCCCCAGAAGCCCCGCGGGACGCUCCCCCUGGCGGGGGCCGUCAUCUCCCCCAGCGACGAGGACUCCCACACCUUCACCGUCAACGCCAUCAGCGGGGAGCAGUACAAGCUCCGGGCCACCGAUGCCAAAGAGAGACAGCACUGGGUGAGUCGACUGCAGAUCUGCACCCAGCACCACACGGAGGCCAUGGGCAAGCAGACUAAUCCUCCACCCAAGUCCCGGAGCUACUCGAUGGCGUCUCAAGGCAGCGGCAGCUCUCCCAUGUCGAUACGCCGGCCCAGCCAAAACCCCAACACCUUAUUCGGCUGGUCGCAGUUAAACAAGGGCUCGUCGCUCUACUCCAGCAAGAGGUCCCUGGUGCCGGACCACCUGAUGGACGCCAGAGAGAUGAUGACCCAGGCCCAGGGCCAACAACGAGACCUAAUCCAGAGCAUCGAGGGCCUGCCUCCCGCCGCCGGCUUCUCCCCUCUAGACCAGGAUCUGCUGAUGCUCAAGGCCACCUCCAUGGCCACCAUGAACUGCCUCAACGAGUGCCUGCACAUCCUGCACCUGCAGCAGGUGGCCAGGCAGAGGGGCUCCCUGGGAGGACCCACCAUCGAGUGGUUGGAGCCCAAGCUGCCCGACAUCCUGAAGAACGGCAGCGGCUCGCUGGGGGAGGACCCGCUGGAGGGGGGCGGGCUGGAGCUCAGCAGCCCCGAGUCCUGCAGCUUCUCUGGGGAGCAGGAAGACAUCGACGCGGAGGAUGAGGCCGAGGACUCCUUCACCGACAAGGAGGAGGACCUGGGUGCUGUGGAGGAGGAGCGCAGCGUCAUCCUACACCUGCUGUCCCAGCUGAAGCUGGGGAUGGACCUCACGCGGGUGGUCCUGCCCACCUUCAUCCUGGAGAAGCGCUCUCUGCUGGAGAUGUACGCCGACUUCAUGUCCCACCCGGACCUCUUUGUGACCAUCACCGACGGCGGCAGCCCGGAGGACCGCAUGGUCCGCUUCGUGGAGUACUACCUCACGUCCUUCCACGAGGGCCGCAAGGGGGCCAUCGCCAAGAAGCCCUACAACCCCAUCAUCGGCGAGACCUUCCACUGCUCCUGGAAGGUACCCAGGAGACCGGACGCCCCCGAGGAGCCCCCGCAGGAGAGCCCCGACCCCCCGGCCUCCUCCCAGGACCCCUACCUAGUGCGCUUUGUGGCGGAGCAGGUGUCCCACCACCCCCCCGUGUCCGGCUUCUACGCCGAAUGCCAGGAGAGGCGCAUGUGCGUGAACACGCACGUAUGGACCAAGAGCAAGUUCAUGGGAAUGUCCAUCGGCGUGUCCAUGAUCGGGGAAGGUUGUCUUUAUCUGCUGGAGCACGAUGAAGAGUACACGUUCACGCUGCCGUGUGCGUACGCUCGCUCCAUCCUCACCGUUCCCUGGGUGGAGCUGGGCGGGAAGGUCAACAUCAACUGCGCUAAAUCCGGCUACUCGGCGGUCAUCACCUUCCAGACGAAACCUUUUUACGGCGGCAAAUUACACAAGGUCACGGGGGAGGUGAAGCACAACGCCACCAACGCGGUGGUGUGCCGCGUGCAGGGCGAGUGGAACGGGGUUCUGGAGUUCAGCUACACCAGCGGGGAGACGCGAGUGGUCGACGUCACCAAGCUGCCCGUUUCCAAGAAGAGCGUCCGGCCCAUUGAGAAGCAGGGACCCACCGAGUCCAGGUGCCUGUGGCAGCAUGUGACUGAGGCCUUGCGGCAGAAGGACAUCGAGAACGCCACGGAGCACAAGAGGAUCCUGGAGGAGCGGCAGAGGACGGAGGAGCGGCACCGGGCCGAGACCGAAACCGCUUGGAGGACCAGAUACUUUGACCGGGAGGGCGAAGGCUGGGUCUAUCACAAACCUCUUUGGAAAACCUCUGCACCCAAUUCCUAGUUUCUUCAGCCUGUAUCUUGGAUGUUGAUAUUGUAGAUUCAGGAGUGUGUGUGUGUGUGUGUGUGUGGACACGGUUAUGAUAUGAGAGCGUGAGCUGCACUGACGUACAGACGAAUGCAGCAUGGGGGAGAAGGACGGAGAGGCGGCGUUCUCGAAUCUCGCUGGUGGUUUUCACCAAGCCUCCAAGUACAAGUAUAUGUACUUCUGAUCAGUUGUGUGUGUGUUUUCUUUUUUUUAUAAUCCAAUGUUGAUGAAAACAUGUACAGGUAUAGCGGUACUCUAUUUACACAGCCUUAAGAUAGUCCGAUGACAGUUUUGAGAUCUGCUGAUCGACCUGGAUUUGGUUCUCUACUUCUUCUUCUUUUAAGCUGUGGUCAGGUGACCUUUGACCUCCAGCAUAAAGAAAACAAAUAAUUUAAAUACUGCCUGAUAAAUGUAAUGCUGUGAACUUUGUAAAUUGGAAUGUAAACUUGCAGUAUAUGAUCUCCAUCUAUGUAAAAGCGACUGUACACUUUGCGUCAAAUCAAAGUAUAUAUUAUAACAAACAUUACAGUAAAUAAUCAAUCAAAUGACAAAAUAAAUGCAUUUUAACUGCGAGCUAACUGAACUGCUUCAUCCGGACUGAGAACUUGUGCUUUCAUCAGAUUUGAUUGGAUGGGGAGCACAAAGGAAAAACUUAAAUCUUAAAUCUUAUAAUUAGUGUUCGUGGAGACAUCCAUCACAGCCAGAAGAUGAAUGAAAAGUUUUCAGGGCUUUUUUUUUUUUUUUUUAAACCUCAAAUCAGUUGCACUUAAUGUACCGGAGUCUAUUUUAAAUGCACACAACCAUCUGAUCUCCAGAGGGAGCCCAUGAUUUCUGUUUCCAGUCUUUAUGCUAAGCUAAGCUACCUGCUCCAUAUUGAAGGCAUCAGGGGGAACUUCUGUCAGUCGGGAGCCCUGAUCCGUCCCGUUUCCAGACCGUUGGCAUCGACUUGGUCCCUAAAAGCAUAGAUUCUCCUUGUUUCUGUCUCCAUGGCUCUUGUUUCAGACGUGGCAUUGAAGAGCCGUUCACACGAGGAGCAAACGGAUGGACGAAUGACCUUUUUAACAAGGUGAUAAUGACUCCAUGUGUCCACACUGCCAUUUAUCGGCAUCGGUUGUGUGCAUUUAGAUUGACUCGUGCAUCUCUCGUGUAUUACAUUGUGAUGCUUCUUGGUGUGUUGACUAAGACACUACUGGAAUGGGAUGUCAGAGACGUCUGUCUAAAGAUUGCUUUCCCUGUUAUUCUUGUCUUUCUUAAUCCUGUGGUUUUUGCAGAGGAUGGAGAAAUCCCCACGUGCAUGACGACAAAAACUCUGGACGUGUACUCCUGUAUGUGCAUUACUUACAUUUAUAAAUGUCUGUGGUGAAAGCUUUUAACCAAAUUUGCUUGUUUUGUAAUGCAAAUAAAUAUUUUCUUUGACUGCG